GUUGCAAACACUGACAAAGGCUACAAACGGCAAAAUAUUUCCUGAAAAACAUGUUGAUGAACUCGCCGGGAUGUCAAAGCAUUUGAUUGCAGCAACUAAGUUACUUCGCCAGUUUCCAGACCUUGUGGAUGGAGAUAAAGACGCACGAGAAAAUGAGGAUGCUACACUUCACGCCCUCAUGGAUUUAGAAAGUACAAGUAGGAGGGCCUUUGGGAGAGACUUCUCCGAAUCGGAAAGAGAAUCCGUUAUCGCACUUGCCAUAAAUAUUUCUAAGCUGUCAAUAACAAAAGUCAUGGAACCAAACGAGUAUUUGGUCCAGGAACUCAAUUUACCGCUGCUCCCUGUUGGAACGCGAGUACGACGUGGUCCGGAUUGGAAUCAAAACGAUAACCAAGACUCUGAUGGUCCUGGCACAGUAGUGUGCCACAACAAAAACGGUGGAUUUUGUUGAGAUUCCUUUA